UCUACUAUAACUGAUAACAAUUUAUAGUUUGAUAUACUCAAUGAACUGAUAACAAAUAAGCUUGCAUAUUGGUAUUAUAAACCACAGAAGACAGUGAAGAAGGAGUGAAGGAUUCAUUAAAUUCAUAAAAACUCAGCAAACAAAAGCCAUAAACCGAUCGCCCAAAUAGAAACACCACAGCGGCAGCUGAUAUUUUUGGAACACUAUGUCAAAGUUAGUGGGACAUUGGAAACUAGAAAAAAAUGAAAAUUUCGAUGAAUAUAUGAAGUCUAUGGGUGUAAAUUAUGUAUUAAGGAAGGUUGGUGGUUCUAUUACAAGUUACGAAGAAAUCAGACAAAAUGGCGACGAGUGGGAGAUAUUGAUAACAUCCACGUUUAAAAACCAGACGUUAAAAUUUAAACUGGGGGAAGAAUUUGACGAACACACGAUGGAUGGCAGGCACGUAAAGUCAACUUUUACCCUAGAAGAUGGGGCAUUGGUUCAGAUACAGAAAGCAAUUAAAGAGGGAGAAUGCGAUUCUCAUAUGUCUAGAACAUUAGCCGAUGAUGAUACACUAAUACUGACAUUCCGGAAUAUCCAGAAAGAUGUUACGACAGUUAGAACAUUUAAAAGAUACACACCUUAAAUACCACGACACUACAGACAAAA